GUGCAAACUGUGAAAAAAGUUUAUCAUUCUUGUUUUGAUUCCAAUAUUGAUAAUCUUAUAAGAUUAUCUUCAUGUAUAGAGGUUUUUGAAAAUUUUCCUUUAAAUAGUGCAAUUUAUUAUAAAAAACAUCUUAUCAUAAUUCCGUGAUCUAACUGAGACAGAAGCAUAUCCUGAUAAGGAACUCUAUGCCUUCAGCCUGAUAUUUCGAAAGUUAUACUUAUGUUCCUUGAUCUCAUUCACCCUCAGCUAACUGCGUCUUCCAUUCGAAAUCACCAGCUGGAAGGCAAAGGUCCUGAAUCUCAACCAUCGUGAGUGUUGACGGUUCCGUUUGAUGAGCCAUUCACUGAAACGCUGGAUUCUGCUUGCGGUUCGAUUAUUUACGCACUUUUUCAUUUGACAAUUCAACCGGAUCGGACAGUUCAGUUUGGAGAGUGCCACUGGUCGACAACAGAGUACCUACAACAGCGUACCCAAUCAGCAGCAGCCAACAGCCUUAGCGCAGGUUCUGUGCUGUGAAAACAAAAGCAACGUAAUCGAAACUAGGGCUCCUGAACACAUCGUUACCAUGUUGGACCUCGAUAGUAGACCUGUUGCCGAUCAGAUCGGAUACUUGGUCAUGUCCGAGGAUGGCGCCGUUCUGUCUUCCGGUGGGGAGAUGGAAAACGACGAACGGAGCGCUAAGAUCAUUAGCGAACUGCUGACGCUUACGGAUAGCGCCGAUCCAGCCGUGUUUCAGAAGCGUUCGUUUAAGAAGAUUUCCAUCGUUUUCGAGGAGCAUAGCUACACCAUUUGCCUUUCGAACAAGAGGGUUUACGUCGUCAAACGGCGAAACGGACCCAACUCAUCUGGUACCAUGAUGGAUACCGACGGUAUACGGAAUGUCAUCGCCUAAUCGUUCUUUAUCGUUUCGCAAUAAACUUGUCCUAAGGAAUUCACUAGUUUAUAA